AUGGGAUCUAUCCCGUCGACAAAACGCCCCAACUUUCUCAUCAUCAUCGCUGAUGACUUGGGCUACAGCGAUAUUGGGUGCUUUGGUUCUGAGAUCAAGACUCCUGCGUUGAACAGCCUUGCUCGAACCGGCAUUCAGCUCACAAACUUCCAUACGGCUUCAGCAUGCUCUCCAACGAGGAGCAUGCUCUUUUCCGGGACUGACAGCCACAUUGCUGGAUUAGGUCAGAUGUCAGAGUACAUGAAUCAAGCCCCUCAGCCGUAUACAGGGAGGCCAGGCUACGAAGGCUACCUCAACUUUCGAGUUGCUGCUCUGAGCGAAAUCUUGCAGGAUAAUGGCUACCAUACCAUUAUGUCAGGAAAAUGGCACCUUGGUCUCAGCAAAGAAACAUCUCCAGCCGCCAGGGGUUUCGACAAUAGCUUUGUCUUUCUCUCCGGCUGCGGCAACCACUAUAAUUAUGAACCUCAACUCGAUAACCCAUCGCAUGCCCUGGUCACGCCAAUGAAUGCCGGAAAGUUCUGGCUGCAAGACACCGAUUUCCUUGACAGGACCAAAGAUAUCCCCGAGGAUUUCUACUCGACCACUACCUUCACUGAUAGAUUGAUCGGUUAUCUUGAUGAGAGAGAAGACAGUGCACAACCAUUCUUCGCUUACCUACCAUUCACUGCCCCACACUGGCCAUUACAAGCGCCCCGCGAAACAAUCGACAAAUACAAAGGUCUAUAUGACGAAGGACCCGCAGUGUUGCGGAGGAAGAGGCUGGACAAACUGGUCGAGCUAGGGCUUGUCUCAAAGGACGUGGAACCAGCACAAAUGACUGUCGAGCUUUGGGACACGAUGUCCCCUACCGAGCGAGCGGAGUCCGCGAGAAAGAUGGAGAUCUACGCCGCGAUGGUUGAUCUAAUCGACGUCAACAUUGGUCGGGUCGUGGACCAUCUUGAGGCCACUGGAGAGCUUGAUAACACCUUUGUUCUAUUCAUGUCCGACAAUGGCGCUGAAGGAGCCAUGCUGGAAGCCCUCCCGCUGAUGGGUGGCGCUGGUACUUUUCAAACGAUUAUUGACAAGUACUACGAUAACUCACUGAAAAACAUGGGGAUGGCGAAUUCCUUUGUCUGGUACGGCGCGGAAUGGGCUUGUGCUUCCAUGGCACCAUCGAGGGGUUUCAAAACAUAUAUUACCGAAGGUGGCAUCCGCUGUCCCUGUCUAGUCCGGUAUCCAGCCUUCGCCAAAUCCGGGACGAAUACAGACUCGUUUGCAACUGUGAUGGAUAUCCUCCCGACAAUUCUAGAGCUGGCCGCCAUCCCACUGCCGGGAAAGGUCUUCCGUGGCCGGCAGGUAGUCACUGUACGAGGAGCUUCUUGGGCACCGCAUCUAGACAAUCACACCCCCUCCUUUCAUGAUGAGGAAAAUCAAAUCACAGGCUGGGAGUUGUUUGGCCUAAGAGCCAUCCGUCAAGGGCCGUGGAAGGCACUUUACAUGACUGCCCCUCGUGGCAAGGAUAGAUGGGAGUUGUACAACCUGAACAACGAUCCUGGAGAAGUACAUGACUUGGCAAGCACCGAGCCAGAUAUCUUGGCAAGACUCAUCGAGCACUGGGAAGUCUAUUACGCUGAGACGGGAAUGUUUGAUCCUGGUGUCGAGUUCAAAAUCACCAAGUACUUCUAG